CCUGGCUCGCUCUCUUCGCUUCGGAUCAUAUCCCUUGUCGUGUUUUUUCGUGCAUCCUCGUGAUUCGCCAGAAAGUAAUCAUGUCGGCAGCCAUUGAGUCGAUGACGCGGUACGUCAGUCCGGUUAACCCGGCUGUCUAUCCUCAUCUCACCCUCAUCCUCUUGACCAUAGGGAUCUUCUUCAUGGCAUGGUUCCUUGUCUAUGAAGUCACAGCUACAAAAUACACAAGGGAUCUCUACAAGGAGCUGCUAGUAGCUUUAGUUGCCAGUCUUUUUAUGGGAUUUGGAGUCCUUUUCUUGCUUUUAUGGGUCGGCAUCUACGUAUAGCAUCCACAAGUCUUGUUUUGUUUUUCGUCCUUCUGUAGUUUAAGAUCUGGACCAGACAAUCUUCUUGUUUGCCCAACCGUGUUACCAGUCUUCAAAAGAAACUUCAUGAGAAGAGCUGAGAGGUGUUACUUAUGGGGACUGAUAUCAUGAAUGUCCGACAACUCCUGACCCAAUAGGCCUUUUUCUUCAGAACGCCCCAUGAGAUUGCCAUCUCUCCAUCUCUAUUUUCCUCUCUCUCUGUCCAUCUCUCUCUCUCUCUCUCUCUCUCUCUCUCUCUCUCUCUCUCUCUUUCUUAUUGUUUCUGUUCUCUCAUUCUCUUUGCUUCAUUUUGACUUUUUUUGUGAUAAAAAGAUUUGUAAAUAUUUCAAUUCUCAGAACUGGCAAUCAUGUUUUCCAUUUCAAAAAUAAAAUAUGUUUUUGCUGUUGUGACAUCAAAUGCUGUCCAAUUUUUUUUUUUUUUUUAGAUCUUUCCUCAUAAAUGGUAUGUGGUGUGUCUACCUGUUACUUAGUAUAGACAAAGCUUGUUAGUUGUUAGGCUCCAAUUCUGUAAAUGAAUUUUUAUUGCCAGUUCUGAGAAUAUUUUGGAUUAAUAUUGUUACAUUUUUAUCAUUCUCAUCUGCAUUUUAUUCUUAUGAGAAUGCUAACAUAAACAAUAUAUUCUUUAUUAAUGCAGUCGUGUUAACUAGCUAUGAUAAACAAAUUGUACCAUCCCAUUGCCAUGUAACAAUAUCUUUGAUGGUGAUAUAAGAAUAUUUUGUAGAUGUAUUUGCAUGAAGUAAGCUAAUAUUUCUACAUUAUGUGAUGUACUUGCUGAAAUUUGUCUUCUUCUGCCGUGAACAAUUUGCAACUGUUCUAUUAAUUAAGUAUGACAAUUACAUAUUUUAGCAGCCAUUAAUCAUUUAUUUGUUGAAAUAUCAUAGCUAAUUACCACUUUUUGUUUGGGGGGAGUAUUUCAAAUUUCUUGAAAUUCUUCUCCCGGUCAUCAUCGUCUUCAUCGUCAUCAUCAUUGAUAGGGAGAUCGCAUUGGGAAAUUUUCCUGAGACGAUCUCUGCUAUCACCUCGAAAAAGUUCACUAGUAAAAAAAAAAGUUAUAAAAAAAGUAAACAAAAGAAAAUUGAUGAAAAAAAAGGGAAUAAACAUAGGAUACUUCAUGUAUGAUUUAUAUACAUCAGACUUUAAUCUGAAUAAAAGUACAGCUCCACUCUACCACGAAAGGUGAAUCAAUGAAAUACAUGUACAUGUAGUAUUUGUAAUGAAGUCAAGGUCUUGUAUUCGUCAGUGGGAAAUAGGCAAAAUAAAACUGUAUAACAGGUUUAUUUUCCAUUUUCUUGUCAUCGCCAAGUUUCAUACGCGCAAAGAAUUUCCACAUGAUAUGCUAACAUAUUUUAUUGCCCAUACCUUUUCUGUUAUUCACACAUUAUCGCACCCCAGAGAAUAGUGAUAUUAUACAUUGUCCCUUUCAAAAUACAUAUGGAGUUUUUGUAUUAAGAAGGGCAUUUAUCAUGAAAAUAUUCCAACUUUAUACUUGGCAGCUAGUAUUUGGGGGGAAAGGUGAAAGAACCUAUUAAAAUAGGAAACAGAACAAAUAUGUUGUAAAGAAUGAAAUAAUGAAAUAAAUAGAAUAUAUUGUAUCCUGAA